CUUCAUUUGAAUAAUACAACAACUACAUAGGACGAAGGUUGAGAUCCUACUGUCGACUGCUUCCAGCAGACUCACGAGCGGACGGACAAUAGAUAAAGCUCGAGCUCAAGGUAAUGGAGGAAGAAAAACCAUGGGUAUUGAUCUCAGAGGUGGGGGGUGAGGCUGGUUUAAAUGAAGAGCUUGCAGAUAUAGUGAAACAACACUUCAGAAUCGUCCCCUACAAAGAACUUCUUGAAAACCCACAACACCUUGGCCCAAAAAUCCAGGUCGCGUUCCAGUGGAAGUUCCUCCCAGAAUUUAAUCCAGGGCUGUUUAAAAUGCUCCCCUCCCUAAAACUGGCGGUAAGUGGGGGGGUGGGCAUCGACCAUCUUGACGUGCCAUUCAUCAACAGUCUCGGGGUCAAAGUGGCCAACACUCCCGGAGCAGUGAGCGACGCCACGGCCGAUUUCGCCAUGGGUUUGCUUCUGACGUCUGCUCGCAAGAUCCUUGAGGGUCAUCAAAUAGCUAUUGACCCAAAGACUGUCCGGAUACAACAAAGCCUGAUGGGUAGUGAAGUCACAGGAUCAACUUUGGGGAUUAUCGGAAUGGGAGAUAUUGGCUACAGAAUUGCCCAAAGGAGUUGUGGAUUUCAAAUGAGGAUACUGUAUCACAACAGACGAAAAAGGAGUGCAGAAGAUGAAGAGGCAGUUAAGGCAAGUUACUGUGAGGGACUGGAUGAUCUUCUGAGGAGGUCAGACUUUGUCAUGUUAGCGGUCAAACUGACCUCCGAUACCAUUGGCCUCAUCGGUCAACGAGAGCUGUCCCUCAUGAAACCAACUGCUACUCUGAUCAACAUCAGUCGCGGCCAAGUCGUGGACCAGGAUGCUUUAGUCAAAGCUCUUCAGAGUGGAACUAUUCAUGCAGCCGCAUUAGAUGUAACUCAUCCUGAACCUUUGCCGAGGGAUCAUCCGCUCCUCAGGAUGCCUAAUGUCCUCAUUACUCCCCACAUUGGUGUUAACACUUACAACACAACAUGCAAAAUGGUGGAGAAAAUGGUAGAAAAUGCCCUGGCUGCUACGAGAGGCUUACCUAUACCGAAUGAAGUCAGGUCAAAAUGAAACGUGGUUGUUCCUGUCACAAUUCAGAAUAAACAACCAUGUCCACUCCAGGAGUUCCUGAUUUCUUAUUUGUCUUUUCUUCGCACUAAAGUAGACUUUAGCUCCACUUUUCACAUAUUUAGCCCUUGAGUGAGUUGCUAUUAGAAUUGCUAGUGCUAAUAUGCUAAUGCCAAUGUUUAAACACAGUGCAACAUAGAAGAUCCAGAGGGGUGGAAAUAAUGAAAUUCUUGUCAAGCACUAAUACCUAUACAAAAGUGGAUCAACAACAAAGGAAUCAGAGGAAAGAAAUCCCAGUAAAUUAAAAAAAAUAAGAGAAGCUACAAAAUCAGA